CCUUCCUCGCUCACUGUCCUGGUCUGCCUCGUCGGCGCUGGCGGCCCGUCCGCGUGAUGGAUUCGGCCACCGGCGCCGCUAUCGAGGUCGUCAUCGCCGCACCAGAGGACGCCGCGCCGGCGCACAACGGUCAGCGGACCCACCCGCCGUCGCACGCGUUCGGGCACGUCCCCGCGAUGGGGGAGUACAAGGUGCUCCGCAUCUCCGCCGCGAGUGGGGAGGAAGCGGCCGGGCCCGCGUCCACGGCGGCGCCGCUCACCAUCUUCUACGGCGGGUGGGUGUUCGUGUUCGAGGACCUCCGUCUGGUCGCGGCGGCGGGGGCGAGGAGCCGGCGGGGGAGGUGUGCGCGGUGUGCCUGGCGGAGUACGAGGGCGGGGAGGAGGUGCGCGUGCUGCCCGCCUGCCGCCACGGGUUCCACCGGGAGUGCGUGGACCGGUGGUUGUUCACGGGCGCGCUCACCUGCCCCGUCUGCCGCGCCACCGUCGCCGCCCGCCCCGAGGAGCACGACGCCAAGUCCUGCGCCAGGGCCGGCGAUGCCGCGCUUCCUGCCGUAGGAAAGGAAUCUGUAAUGGUGUUCAGCUCAGCGGAGGCUCAGCCUUGUUGUCAAGAACACGGCAUUCCUUGU